GCAUGUGUAUAUACAGGUUAUUAGGGAACGUAUUAUCUAAUUUCACAUAAUGUAUUGCAGAGUGGGCGAGAAACCUUGUGAACCUCAACGUGAUAUACAUAUAAUAUAUAUGUUUUCGCGUAACGCGAAUGUUAAAAAAAAAUAAAACAACGAUUUUAUAUAUUGGUUCCGCCUCAACCAUAACCACAAUCACACACACACAGUCAUACUGCUCUCACGGUCGAGAGCGAAUAUAUUACAACGGUAGUCGGUCAUUGCUGUGUCUCCUCGUUCUAUUGACAACUUUGUGUUAAAGUGCAGUUUAUUAACUUAACGCAUUUGUUUCCAAUGGUGAGCAAAACAGUGCGAGAAGUAAAUGCUAAAUCAUUCAAGUCAAAGUGGUCGGGACUGAAGCCUCAAUUAGCUACACUAAACGCUUUUUUGACUGAAGAGCGAUUGGAAACUGUGGAACAGAUGAACACUGAGUAUAAAUACCGUCAAUUUGAACUUGCUUGAGUUUGCUUGCGAUGCAAGAUCGGAUUUUGCGCAAAUUUACGGGGAGAUUUGUUGGUCGAUGAGGAUGCCCGCGCCGAGUCCAUGACGACAACGCGACGAAUUUCGUCCGAGCAAGUCGCCAUCUGGAGGAGCUAAGGAAGCGAGUCAAAAAGCGGAUGCGAAUUCGCGUUCAUACUGUAGAGGGCUCCUCACUUCGGAGGACUAUGGGAGGCAGGUGUAAAGUCUGCAAAGCACCUACUCAAACGGACGGUGGGCAACGCUCUGCUCACGGCCGAGGAACUGCAGACCGUGGUCGUGGCGGUCGAAGCGGUUCUCAACUCCCGCCCGCUAGGUGCCGUCAAUCAAGACCCAAUCGACGGCGAGGCAUUAACCCCAUGGCACGUACUGGUGGCACCGACAGCGUCGCGGACCCCGAACCAGAAGGAUCUGAGCUGCUUAAGGCGAUGACGAGCUGUCUUGACGCUCAAGCGAGCGUUCUGGCAGUAUGUGCUGGGCCUGCAGGCACGGGCCAAGUGGGACCAGUCGCAGCCAAAUCUUCAAGUCGGAGAGCUCGUCGUCGUCGCAGAGGACAACCAGCCGCCGAUGCAGUGGAUGGUGACACGAGUCGUGGCGGUGUACCCAGGAAAGGACGGGGCGGUGCGCGUCGCAGACGUGCGAGCUGGCGCGGGAGGAAUGUUCAAGCAGCCAAUAUACGAACUGGCGCCUCUGCCAGUUGUAUGAAGGCACAGCCGUUCAUAGGGGCUUGUGUUGGCGCAGUUGGUUGAAUUAAUUUAAGAGCAUCAAAAAUGAAGUUGUUAAAAUUAGGGCGAAGCGAGAGCGCAAUAAAGCCUUCAAGUUGCUCUCGUCGUCAUUUUCGUUAUCGUUCUUGUUUCGUUGCUCAACAGCA